AUGUCCACCAAGCGCGCCUAUAGCGCAUAUCUCUCGAAUGAGCCUGCCAAUGUACCUUUCUAUGUACACGGCUUCGGCGCUUCCCAAUUGCAACAGGCACAUCAAGAAGCACCUUCUUCGAUUUCUCGCAUCCGACCUCCAGGUGCGUGGCCCGGCGACUUUUCUUUCUCCGACGAAGAGGACCAAGUCGCGCCUGCCCGGAGCAGCACCAUCUUCACCACCAUUGGCAAAUGGGUCGCGACUACCGCCAUCGUAAACAUGUGCGCGCUACCAGCAAGGCUACUUGGCCGCUUCUUCCGCCAACAGACUAUCAAGGCUGUACCCGUGGUCAGCUCAUCAGGCGGCAAUAAGAGGCGUUUCAUCGCCGCGGGUGUGGCAGAUGAUGUCGCGACACCGUCACCCUCAGUGCGUGCGCACGAAAACCAGUCGCGUCGCCGUAGUCUCGAGCACAACCAGACGCAUGCCUCUUCCGAAGCACCUCAGUUGUGGCGCAGACUGUUCAGCCCCCAGCAAUCGAACGCCUCGUCGCAUGCGACUAUUCCAUUCACAUCACCGCUAGCCACUGCACCCGACUUCGAGGGACUUCAGACUCCGCCAAAGUCUGUGUUCGGCGACGACGAAGAGUUUGACGAAGAUGUCGACAUGAGCAUAGACUUUUCCUUCGAUGACAUCCUCACCUCGACCCCCCCGCGCAAUCCGCAGACCGGUUCACCCGUACAUGUAUCCUGGAACAGUCCGUGUCACCUGUCACCUACUGUCAAGAAUGAAUCUGUGGGUACUAGUACUGCACCGAAACCAUUGCUCUCGUCCAAUGGUCUACAAGUUCCUACAGCGCGAACCACGGAACCGGUAGGAGUGCAGCCUCGGUCCCAGCGUUUCGGUCGUCGGUCGAUCCUUAAAACGUCCACUGCUACACCUCUCCGUCGUCAACUUGUCAAACGACAACUCGCCGAGAAAUUCAGUCUUCUUGCAGGCCAACGACAAGCCAAUGCAGAUGCUCAGGUGGACUCUCCGGCUAAAGGUUCUGCCGAGGCCGAACCCGAGCCAGUUAACACUAGCCCCACUGAUGCCAUGGAUUGCGACCACUACAUAUCACAUGCUUCGACAUCACCACCUCACAUCAACACCAACCCCGAGUCUGUUGUCAACUCUUCUGUUCCGGACUUUGAAUACACAAACGACCUCUCCUUCCUGUCGGAUGCUCCGACCCCAUCUCCUAGGAAAGGCGUAAAAUGGGCAGUAUACGCCGGGGCUAAGCGAUUCUACUACGACGAAAGGGUCAGCGAAAUGCUCGACUCUACGCUAGAAACCAUCGGCUCCAGCCCUGCGAGGGGAGUCUGGCGUAACUUCCCAGCCAACAACCAGAUCACAGAUGACAGUUAUGCCCCUUCUUCUGGCGAAUCAUCAGCGACCAACAGUCCCCAAACAACAUCUCAGCGCGGUCCAGACAGCAACAGUGGUUUCCAUGGCGUUCCUGACGAUACCUUCGAUGCUUCCGAUGAUUCGCUCGAAGAGUCUCAAAUCUCCUUUGAACUUCUCGAAGAUCUUCAGAAUGAGAUGCAGAAAAAGCUGGCACUGGCGCCACCCCCACCGCCUUCUCCGUCUCCUCCGUCUCCUCCGCCUCCGCCUAAGCCGCUUGUCACUCCUCUCUCACCUGAAGAAACUGCGAUUCUGGAAGCCGCUGCAGCAGACACCAGCAACGGUCUCAAGUCAGACAAGUGGGUCAUUGACGAGAAACUCUACGCUCGGGAUUUCGGAACCCUGCUGCCUCGCCUUUUCAACGGCAGCCCCAAGGCUUGGCUUAAUGAUAGCAUCGUCAACGAGUAUCUCUCCAUCAUCGUCGCUGCCAAGAAAAAGGAGGCAGGUUUCGAGCAUAAGCGCGGGGGCCCGGCACCUCCAGUGCAUGCCUUUUCUUCCUUUUGGUACGCUGCCGCCGAUACAACUCGCUGGUCUGGCAGGGCCCAGCUGAAGGGCAAGCAAUAUCUGGAUGCGCAACUCAUUCUCUAUCCCAUCUGCGAUAACGGACAUUGGCGCCUACUGGCCGUGUACCCCAAGGAUCGCUCCAUCGAGUACCUCGACUCGCUUGGUCUUGACGGACAGAAAUAUAUCGACAAACUCAUGGCGUAUCUAGAGAAGGAGCUUGGCGACCUCUUCAUCCCUAGCGAGUGGAACAAAGACACAGUUCAGCGCAGCCGGCAGCAGAUGAACGGAAGCGACUGUGGUGUCUUUACUCUCCUGAACGCUUUGGCUCUUCUUCGCGGAGACGACACUAAUCUCGUCCUCCCCACCGACGGCAUGGACGAUGCUCGUAGGCGUAUUGCGGCUACUUUGCUCGCCGGACGCCCUACAACCGAGUUCGGUUGA